CAUUGAAAGCGAUCGAAGAUAUCGUCAUAGAUACAGCAUCAUGUUGGCGUACAGUUUUACAUCUGCACUAAUUAUAUGCUUGUUGCAUAGUUGUGAAGGCGUAGUACCUUGCCCUGAGCCGAAUGAAGAUUGUGAUUGCCAAAAUCUCAAUGAAGCAGGUGGAUACGUGAAAUGUGUUGGAGUAUCUAAUAUACCGAAUAACCUUCCCGAGGAAACUGGCAUUUUGGAUUUAGGUGGGAGCACAAUAGGUUCUGUUCUACUUGGAGAUAAGAUGGACAAUCUGAAUAAUCUAACAUUGACCCAACUCUACCUAAACGACGCUGGAUUACUGGCAAUUGAGGAUCGUGCAUUCAUGAAUCUAGGCAGUUUAAGAAAGUUGGACCUGAGUAACAACAAUUUCAGAAGUCUCAACGAUCAAACAUUUUUUGGAUUAGCGGAACUGGAAACACUUUUUCUUUCAAAAUCAUUUAUUUUUGAAAUAUCACCCGCAGUGUUUGUAUAUACGCCUUCACUGGUUUAUCUUGACCUGGAUAAAAACAUGCUGACAGAAAUCACAGAUCAGUUUUCAUCGUUAACGAAUUUGGAAAGUUUAUUGAUUGCUUCAAACAAGAUUACAAAAAUUGCGGAAGAUGCAUUUUCAUACCAAGAUCGUCUCAAGCGAAUGGAUCUGUAUAAUAAUCAACUUACUACACCAAAUAAAGGAUGGUUUGAAAUACUCGUAGUAAACAAUGGAGAACUGAUUAUCAGCGAACCAGAUUUCUCGGAAAAUCCUUGGAGAUGUUGCGGCGAAAAAGCGAUAGAUUAUAAAAAUUUCGUCAAAGCUCUCCCAAAUGAUUUAAACUCACGAAAUGAGUAUAAUAUUUUAUGCAGUUGGCCAGAAAAAUACAAAAAUCAAAGCAUUGGAGAUAUUAUAGAAGAUGAUCUAAGAGCGACAUCUUGCAACAAUCAAAACGACGACGCUUCGAAUUCCGAAAUGGAAGUCGAAAGUAUUCUUAGCGCAACCACGGUAAUUUCCCCAACAAUUGCUUCACAGACAGUCAACAGCGAGACAGUAAACGACAAGAACACUGUAAACGAAACUUCGGGAUUAAAAUUGGAAAUUUCACCAGAGAGUGGAAAUUUUUUCUAUCACCUUACAGACGCUCACAUCGUGCUCAUACUAUUAGCAGUUGUAGUUAUUGUCGUAAUAUUGACGACAAUUGUUGUUCAUAAAUAUCACAUCAGACAACACGGAAAAGCAUUUGCUGAGUUUGUCAAUAAUCUUCCCAAUUCAAGAGGUGGAGAUAGUGACGAUGACAUCGGUCUCACGACCAGAACCUACCGUCAAGAUGCCCCGGUUUAUGGAUCCACUGGCCAGGUUGUUGACAGACACAAAGAAGGGUCGAUGGUGAGCAGUAGCAGCGUAUCUUCGGAUGAUACUUCCUCGGAGGAACUCAGUGGAGUGGUAAAACCCGAGAAAAGAAAACCCCCGCCAUACGAUCCACCUACUGAAAGUCCCACUGAUCUCGAUCUUGGGUCUGGCGGGAUUUAUUCCAGCACUCAGUUCAAUAAUUCGUCCUCAGUUGGAAUGAAUUUUAACCUCGAGUGGGAACAAGACAGAAGAAGUCAGACAGAAAAAACGAAUGCGUUUUCAUUUUCAAAUCUAGAAUACGACUCAGAUCAAAGUGAUGACCUGUGGAACAUUACUACUGUAAAAGAAUGUUGAAGAGUAGAUUGAAGUUGACUGUUUAUGCAAUUGUUGAAAUUCUACGUACUUAAGCGCUUAUUCGUCUUGCUUACCAGAAAUUUCUGGACACGAAACGCUAAGUUGUUCUUUUCGGUCAUGUUGAAAUGCUUCGGGCUGUUUCAGUGAAAAAACGCUCAUUUCUCAACUGUAGUGCCAACCGAUUUCAAAUUUUCAACAUUUGAAGAUGGAAGAAAUCUAUUAACUUUAUUUAUUUUUUAAAAUUUCAUGAGAUUCACGAGAGUCAAUAUUUAGCCCAAUUUUACUCUUUCAUUUUGAAUUCAUGGAAACACUGUUUUAACAUUUCGUGUCGAUAUACUCGAACAUUACUCUCUUAUUAUAAUCAAUAAUUUUAAUUAACUUAUUCGCCCAAUGUUACAGAUGUGCGAGUUUGUCGAGUUCGAAAUUCCGUGUUUAGUAGUGAAAACUAUAGUAACAAAGGAGUGUAUAUCUGAAAAAUAUUAUUCUGAAAACUAACCAUAUAGCCCGAGACUUACUCACGUUGCAUGGUGCACUGGGAACAUGCGAACCCGUCCUUGGGAAGUCGUGUUGAUCAACGAACCCGUUCUUGAUUUUCGUUUUCAACGUUAGAGGACCGCAGAAAUUAAGUAAUAUGCACUGCAGCUGACGGCCUUACAAUAUAUUUUGCGUUUUGAAAGUUAUGUAUUAGACGUAAAGCGUGUAAUGUUAAUAGCUUACGUAAUGAAAUACAAACAUUUUUUAAGGUAGACCCAAGAAAAACGCCAUGGACUAUCAACGGCAGUUUAAGAGGACUCGUAUAGAAUUUUUUUAUUAAAAAUGUUGACUCUAAUUACGUACUUCACUAGUGUCUUUUCGAAAUUUUCGUAAUAAGAGUAAAUUGAAAAUUGACGCAAACAAUGCAUAUCGUAUGUAUGGUUGUUAUAUAUAUACCAUAAUAGUUGUCGAAAUUGUCCAGUAAACAUAAAUCCACCUAUAGACACGCAAACAAUAUGAAACAAUACUCAUAUCGAUUCAUGAAAGAGUCUCACAUUGAAACUCUAGAAUUUCACAUUGAUUGUACGACCGGCAAAUGUACAGGAUAUUAUUUCAAAAAAAUAUAUCCAUUAUGGAAUUAUGCAUAAGAAAAUUAUAAAAUGUACAGUACAAACAUAUGAUGUAUUUCUCAAAACAUGACAUCAUCGGAAUUAGCAUUGAAAAUGAUCACAAUUAAUGUUUCAUAUAUUAAUUUAUACAAUAUUUUAUUAAUUUAUACAAUAAUACUGUUGAUAGAAAUUUGCAUAUAUAUAUAAACCUCUAUCGCUUUUGAAAGCAUACCAUCCAAGCGAGUGUUGGUAAAAAUAACAUUUAGAAAGAGUCAUACGAUUGGACGUUUGUCAUUAGAAUUUUAUUGUUUCCCUUUGGGAGCUUUAUGAACGUGAUUGUCUUUUCAGGUCAAUUUAGAAUGUCUGGCUCUUGACCUCCUGUAGCGUGCGAAUUAUCAUAAAAAGAGUAUUAUUGAAACGUGCCCUGUACUCCAGCGUAUGGCUUAUCGACGCAUAUUGGUUUAAAAUGAUGUUAAAAUGAUUAUUAAAAUGAUUGCUAUGUCGUGCGAAACAAGUAUGUUAUUUCAAAUAUAGUAAGCAAAAAUAAAAUUGUAAA